CAAAAUUAUUGCCCGGGCGGCGCGGCGCUGGACGAGCUCCGCUCGCGCAGGUUGUUGUUGGUCGUUGGGGGCGUUCCACGCGGCGGCGAGCGGCGUGCUCCUCCAGCAGACACGACUGAAGAAGGCGUGCCGGCAGGCCGUACCGGGCGUGCUCUCCUGAACAGACGGCUGGACUACCUCUCUCUCGCCAUGGACGCCAGCCAGCAGUUCUGUCUCAAGUGGAACAACCACCACAGUAACCUGCUGAGCGUCUUCGAGACCCUCCUCCGCUCAGAGGCCUUCACCGACGUCACCCUUGCUGUCGACGGCGCCAGCAUCAAGUGCCACAAGAUGGUACUGGCGGCGUGCUCGCCGUUCUUGCAGAGUCUACUGGCGGAGCAUGUGACGGCACAUCCGAUUGUCGUCCUGAAAGAUAUCCGUCUUCACGAGAUGCGAGCGCUGCUGGAGUACAUGUAUCGGGGCGAGGUAAACGUGGCCCAAGAGCAGCUGGCCUCGCUUAUCAAGGUAGCCGAGACGCUGCAGAUCAAGGGUUUACUCGACAUGGGCCGAUGGGAGGCCGAGAAGACGGGCAGUGGCGAGAGGGCGACGAUCGAGCCGCGCCAGCCCUGUCCCGACUCGAACCGGCACUCUCCGGAGCUGGCGCAGCCCAAGCAGCCGCCUCCUCCUCCGCCACCAGUGGAGGCUCCGCAGGUGUCCGCGCCCCAGCCGCCGCCGCACCCCCUGCACCCGGCGGCGGCGGCAGCGGCGGCAGCAGCGGCAGCGGCCGCCGCGGCCGAGCUGCAGAAGAAGAAGCGGAAGCCGCAGGAGGUCUGGUGCGAGAGUAACCCGAUCCUGCGCACGGUGCUGGGCCACGGCGGCAUGUCGGCGCUGGAUGUGCCCUCGCUGAUGGCCGCCGCCAUGGGACGCGAGAUCAUGGACCGGGAGUUUGCCGACAGACAGGUGAUGUCCAGCACGGGAUCAGAGGAGGCCCAGCCGACCCCUGGCACGCCCACCAGUGAACCGGACAUCGACAAGAUAAGCAACGGCUCGGUAGGCGAAACUCCGCCUCCACAUUGGGACUACAACAUGUCUGCCAGCUACAUCAACAACUACAUCAACUACGCACCGACGCCGAUGCGUCCCGAGUGGAAGCGCUACAAGCAGUACAGCAAGUCUGACCUGCAGCAGGCGCUGGACGCCGUCCGUGGAGGACUCACCGCUCUUCAGGCGUCUCGCAAGUUCCACGUUCCGUCCCGCACGCUGUACGACAAGAUCAAGAAGCUGGGGAUCCCGACGAUGCCUCGCCGCUACCCGCGCUCUGUGACUGCUGUGCCGCCGUCCCAGGUGCCCGCCUUCCCGACCCCGCCGCCACCGCCAGCCGCCGAGGACGACUCCAGUCAGCAGAGUGGCGGCCACCGCACCAACGGCAGUAGUGGAGGGGUUGGAGAGGCUGAGGGACAACGGCAGCCCAUGGAGCUGACGGUGCCCCGUCGGCGCCCCAGCGGAGGCGCGGAGAGGGAGGUGGGGGAAGAUGGUCUGAAGAGGGACGCCGCCGGUCUGUGCGCCGCGCAGCUCGCCAACGGCCCACCGGGGAUGCCCGGCCUGCGUCCGAUGACUGGCGUGACUCCUGCCGUCUUCCCUCCACCCGGCGAUGAAGAGGACCGGCGGCGCGCCAACGGCGGUGCCAGCGACAUGCAGCGGCAGCCGAUGGAACUAGUAGUUGGUAGGCGGCACCCCAGUGGCGGUCUGGAGCGGGAGCUGGGGGACGACGGGCUCAAACGGCCCAGGGAGGAGGCGGACGACGCCCGGGAGCUGGACGUGGUGGCCUAGACGGUCUGCAGGAGACAGACGCGGCCCGUCGGCACACCCGCCGACCGGGCCAGAUAGUGAUUUAGCAACGGAGCAUUCCACGGAUCCGUGUCUCCAGCUCACGACAAACGUAACCAUAUCAAAAAAAUGCGCGGCCGCCGCGGGCAGGCGGCCGGUGCGGCUAUUUAUCGUAGAGGAGGGCGACUAGAAGCCCAGGGACGGAGCACCCACUCGGGCAGAGCUCCUGCACUGUACAAAUUGUCGCGUGCAAUGCCGAUAGCACGGUGCAAGUCGGCAUCUUUUGCUCAACGGAGAAUCAAACUAGCCACAGGGCGGUCACUGAUGAUAUUCCCCAGGCAGUGUCUGGUUUUGUAAUUUUGGAUUUCGAAGUGGCACUCUGGUAUUGCCACCGUUUCUUUCGGAAAUAUUUACAUUCUUGACACUACAAGGGCAAUAUAUAACUGCAGGUCCAUUUUGCUAUGCAAUGUUACGUUUUCUGUUUAGUUAUAAUACUCAUGUAUAUCAAGUCGUUAUUCAGAGCUCUCAGACCUUGCUAGCCCGAGCUGUGUUUACAACGAUGUUCUGGUGUCUUCCUGUCACCGGUUACUGUGUGAGCUGCAUUGUCCGGUGCGGCGCAUUGCGGACGAAUGUCGAGAUGUUUUGUUAGUUUGUAGAACGAGCCGUGCGCUCGUUGUUGAUCCGUUUAUCUCUAAGUGUGCAGAGCACCCAACUCAGCCCGCCUCAGGCCAAACGAGUCCUGAGCGCUCCCAGAAAUCAAAACCUCCGCCGCUGAUAUUAUGUCGUGAUAUUUUAUUAUAUAUAUGUUGCAGGCACUUUAGAAAAUCAGUCAUUUUGUAAAAUGCCUAGGCAUUUUACAAAAAGACGGCUGUUUGAAAAAUGACUGAACGCAACCAGGCUUUUUUCAAAAUGGCUAGCCAUUUUACAAAAUGACUAGGCAUUUUGCAAAAUGCCUGACCAGCAUGGAACGUAGAUCCCACUACAGAUACUAUGGCUAACAGUUUUUGGACGUCUUCCUAUACCCUAUAGGUACGUGUUCAGCCUGUAGCUGAUCGAUGUGAAGCUCUAUGAUGACGACAAUGCUGAGUAACGACCAGGUUGAGUUGCAGACUCGGCUGUAGCAUAAAGCAUUGUUUAGUUAACGCUGUAAAAACUCCCAAGUACAUCAACGCCGUUCAUGUUCUGCCUGAAACUAGACCUAACAAAACCAGCCGGAGACCGGCCCUAGUCAAUAGGCAGGCCCGGUUGAUGUAUAAUUACAUGUAAACGAAUGAGUGUAGUCUUUGUUUGAUUGUGCCCUUACGGACAAAACUGCAUUAUGUAUUUGGACAUUAAAAACACGUUCGAAUUUAAUUAUAAUUUCCCACUCUUUCUCUCUCAUCCUCACAUUUUAACACGCGCAGUGGAAGGGGGGGGGGCGGAUUCCGCCCACCACUCCUGUUUUUCGCCAAUAACUCGCGCCGCAAGCAUGAUAUUAAUGUGAAAUUUUGGCUACCUGUCCAGAAUUGAACUGUGGAUUUUCUCGUGCAAGAAAUAAGAAAAUCGGGUCACAACUUUUCUUGUAAUAGCGAUGUAAGGUCAAACAUCCUGCAGCCGCGGCGGCGCGGCGGCGCGGCGGCCGGCGCUAACCGUUACGCGCCGCCUGAAUUGUAGACUGUGCCGGGGCGGGACGGUUCCGUCUUUACAUCGCGCUCCUUACCGCUGAUUAUAUUCGAUUCGCGUCAAAUUUUGUGAGAAGACUAAGAAAUGUACAGGCAAUCUCAUGGUCAAAGAAUUUUGAAAAUCGGCCGGUAACAACUUGAGUUAUGAGUGUGUAAACACAAACUUGUGAUUGCCGCGUUUCCCGCGUCGGCCGAUCCCGCUUCAGCCGGCGACAUCUUACCCUUAUCAGGCUUCUAGCUGCCAUAUUAUGAGGUAGGUAUGGACUUCCCACUGCUGGACUCCUCUGGUCAUAAUGCUGGACUCCUCGGUCCACCUACACGCUACCAAAACGUAUAUAAUUAGGUACUCGUAUCUACAACACGCUGCUAAGUCAUUUUGUAAAAUGGCUAGGUAUUUUGUAAAAUGCCUAGGCAUUUUGCAAAAUGACUGGAGAGUCAGUCAUUUUGUAAAAUGCCUAGGCUUUUUGCAAAAAGCCUGGAAAAUCAGGCAUUUUGCAAAAUGCCUAGGCAUUUUACAAAAUGACUGAUUUUCUAAAGUGCCUGCAACAUAUACACAUAUACGCGUUGUCGGGGCGACGGCUCGCGAGCGGCGCUCUGCCUCGGGCGUCUGCCCGCUGCCGAUAUUACCAUGUAUCUCAGAGAUUAGUGCUGGUGUGGCGGACAGGGGCCGUACCCCGUCCCGUUCGUCCCGUCGGGAGACUGCACCGUCUAUGCAUUGGCUGUCUGUGGUCUGUUGUAGUCGUAGUGCGCCGCGCGCAAGCUGUUCGCUCACUGCCGCACGUGCACUGGCCGUUUCCGCCUGUUUGAUGCGAUGUUUUGUUGUUUUUGAUGUGCUGUUGACUGUGGCUCUGAGAGAUGCUAUUUGUGCACUGAUAGUUUGUUCUGAAGACAUAGGCUGUAAGUGACAUACCAUGCCUGAAAAUACGCACCACUAGACGAGCGGCGUGGAGUGCGUCCGUACGGGGCUGACGCAGCGGGCGGUUAUAUGGCCUUGCAGCGGGCUUGCGUCGCUACAUUCCGCUUUGUAUCACGUUUGACGAGCGCAUGUGUGAGUGUGUGAAUAUGUGGCUUGGAGUGAGUUUGAGGGGCUCUCUCGUGACCGAAGGUAGUAGCUGGUGCGCUGUUCUGUCGGCCUGGCGCCGUGCCGUCCAAGGUAGAUUGGUCACACCAGGCCCGACAACCUGCCGCCGCUAGCGGCUGACGCAGCUAGCCGUUCGCUAGCCGGAUAGCCGGAGCGGCAGGAAAGGAGGAUAUUUUUGUUACUGCCAGUUGCGUCCAGGGCACAGAGGUCAGCUGUUGUCUGUUAUUUACUUGCUAGAACUAAUUUAUGGGAUUGGUGUAGAUACGGUGUAAAUAAAUGCGUCCGUUCUUA